AUGAAACUCAGUAGCGUAUUAAUUUUUUCAGUGAUGCGGCCUAUAAGUAAAUUGUGCACAUUUCAUUUUCCUCUUUGAUCGGCACACCUCCUGUAAGGGAAAGUUAGGACGGUUCAUAAUAAGCAAGAAAAUAAUACAAAAGUGUCGCUUUUCAUCAGCCGCUAAAAUUGAGAGGAGGCUAAAAUGACUGGCAGAGCACGAGCAAGAUCGAGAGGAAGAGCGCGUGGGCAGGAGACUGCAGCACCUGGAGCGAGUCAGGCCCAAGAGCCGGCACCAGCAGCUGCCCCUCCCCCAGAGGCGGGGGACCUGGGUGGUAGAGGGAGGCAGAAAGGUGCUCCAGGACCCUUCAGUGCAGAAGCUCUUCUACAGAUCUCAGCUGGAUUUCAGCAGGUGAAGCUUGGAGAAAGAGGUGGACGCCGCCGGGAUUUUCAUGAUGCAGGCGUUAACACGAGGCAGGCAAUGGAGCAUGUGAAGGAAUCCAAAUGCGGAGUAACUGGUAAUCCCAUUCAGCUGACUGCAAACUUCUUUCGCAUCUUGUCCCGCCCUCAGUGGGUUCUGUAUCAGUACCAUGUGGACUUCAAACCACAAAUGGAGUCGCGACGCCUGAGAUCUGCGCUCCUCUUCCAGCAUGAGGAAACACUUGGCUCAGCACGGAGCUUCGAUGGAGCUCUGCUUUUUCUGCCGAACAGAUUGCACAGCAAGGAGACAGUGGUCCAUAGCGAGACCAGAAAUGGCGAGAAGGUUCAGAUAACAAUCACCCUGACGAAUGAACUGCCACCCUCUUCACCAGUGUGCAUUCAGUUUUACAAUAUCAUAUUCCGAAGGAUUUUGAGAAUUCUCAACAUGCAGCAGAUUGGACGCAACUACUACAGCCCCAGUGAUCCCCUUAACAUCCCACAGCACAAGUUGACCAUCUGGCCAGGGUACACCACCAACAUCUUGCAAUACGAGUCAUCUAUCAUGAUGUGCACUGACGUGAGCCACAAGGUGCUGCGCAGUGAGACAGUCCUUGACUUUAUGGUCAGCUUGAGGCAGCAAUGUGCAAGUCAACGCUUCACUGAGAUCUGUGAGAAGGAGCUUAUCGGGCUCAUAGUCCUCACCAAGUACAACAACAAAACCUACAGGAUUGAUGGUAUUGCUUGGGAUCACACUCCCAGCAACACAUUCAAGAGGGGAGAUGCUGACAUUUCCUUUAAGAACUACUACAAGAGUCAAUAUGGCCUGGACAUCACUGAUGAAAACCAGGUGCUGCUGAUCAGCUAUGUGAAGAAGAUGGGUCCUGCUGGAGCGCCACCUCCUGGUCCAGCCAUGCUUAUCCCAGAACUGUGCUACCUAACAGGGUUGACUGAUAAGAUGCGGGCUGAUUUCAGCAUCAUGAAGGACUUGAGUACCCACACCAGACUGACCCCAGAGCAGAGGGAGGGACGCCUCAACAGAUUUAUCACUAAUAUACAAAGGAACGCUGACGCACAGGCCGAGUUGGAUAAGUGGGGACUGAGCUUUGAUAAGCAACUUCUAAAUCUGGCUGGCAGAGUCCUCCCUGUGGAGAGGAUUUACCAGGGGUCAAGAUCGUAUGACUACAACCCCUGGGCCGCUGACUGGGCCAAAGAGAUGCGUGGAUUAGCUGUGAUCAGCGCUCCUCCGUUGAGCAACUGGCUCUUUUUUCACACCCGUCGUAACAGCAAUGAAGCCAGUUCUCUUCUACAGACCCUCAGCAGAGUCUCAGGCCCACUGGGAAUCUCCAUGGGAAAACCUGUCAUGAUACAGUAUGAAGAUCAUCAGGAGUCUCUCCUCGCAGCCCUGCGGCACAAUGUUGGACCCCAGAUAGAGAUGGUGGUGGUAGUCCUCCCCAACAACAGGAAGGAUAAGUAUGACAGCAUUAAGAAGUUCCUUUGUGUGGACUGCCCCACUCCCAGCCAGUGUGUGUUGGCCCGUACCCUCAGCCGACCUCAGGCACUCAUGACUGUAGCUACCAAGAUUGCGCUGCAGAUGGCUUGCAAGAUGGGAGGAGAACUCUGGAGUGUGGAAAUCCCUCUCAAACAGCUGAUGAUCGUGGGCAUCGACUGCUACCAUGACACCGCUGCUGGGAAAAGGUCUAUUGGUGCUCUAGUGGCCAGUCUCAACCAAAGCAUGAGCAGGUGGUUCUCAAAGUGUGUGCUGCAGCACAAAGGUCAGGAGAUCAUGGACGGGCUGAAGAAGACUUUGACUGCUGCCCUGAAAGAGUAUUUGAGGUUCAACGGCUGUCUGCCUUCACGUGUCAUCGUUUACCGAGAUGGAGUGGGGGAUGGGCAGUUGCACAGUGUGGUGAACUAUGAGGUUCAGCAGAUCAUGGACUCCAUCACGUCAAUGGGGCAAGACUACAACCCAAAGCUGAGUGUGGUGGUGGUGAAGAAGCGCAUAAGCAGCAGGUUUUUCGCCCACAUAAAUGGAAAGGUGUCCAAUCCUCCUCCUGGUACCAUCGUUGACUCAGAGGUCACCCGGCCAGAGUGGUAUGACUUCUAUAUUGUGAGCCAGGCUGUUCGCAGUGGGAGUGUCUCACCAACCCACUACAAUGUCGUGUAUGACACCAGUGGACUCAAGCCAGAUCACAUGCAGCGGCUCACCUACAAGCUGUGCCACAUGUACUACAACUGGCAGGGGAUCAUCAGAGUGCCCGCUCCCUGCCAGUACGCCCACAAGUUGGCUUUCCUUGUGGGUCAGAGCAUCCACAGAGAGCCCAGUAUGAAACUGGAUGACCAGCUUUUCUACCUUUAAGGAUAAAAAGGCUUUGAAGUUUGCAUAGAAAAGAAUCUUAUUUACUCAUUUUUGUUGUUUGAGCUUAAUUGUUUCGGAUCAAAUUGAAUCCGAUAGUUCAGUGUUAACCCUGUUUCACAGCAAACAGUUUGAUCUGUUAUAGUUUGAGGAUCUGUUUGGGUCUAAGUGAUGGCAAAAGUCUGUAUUUGUUGGCAGAUGACAAUCUAUAAUCUUUGGUUUUGUUAUAUUUGAGCCUUUUAUUGAUUUGUGAGUAAAUCAAUGCAGAAAGUUAAAGCAAAUGAGACCGCAUCUAGGUCUAAGUCUUGUUGUUGUGCUGCAAAUGAUGAAAAUAAAUCUUAAGUUUGUAA